AUGCGCAAUAUAUUCAAGCCCGCCGAGGAAGAACCCCUCCCAGAUCUCGAAGUCGUCGACCCAAACGACCCCACAAGCGCUGCCCCGCCCACAAAAACUAAAUGGCAGCGUCUGUGGCCCGUCUUUGCCUGCGGUGCUGGUCUCUACUCUGACGGCUACCUCAACGGGGUGAUUGGAACAGUCAAUACGAUGCUGUCAAAGAUCUACCCAGACGACUACAAGGGCACCACCGCAGGGAAGAAUGUCGCAUCGAUUGCAUUCGCCGGAACAGUGUUUGGCCAGCUGCUGUUUGGUUGGGUGGCGGAUAAUUACUCGAGGAAGUUCGCAAUGACGGCGAGUGCUCUGUUGCUGAUAUUGUUUGCGACGCUGUGUACGGCUAGUUAUGGCGCGGGAGGGUCACCAAAUGGCUUAUUUACCAUGUUGACUGUGUGCCGUUUCUUCCUCGGUAUUGGUAUCGGAGGCGAAUAUCCCGCCGGUUCCGUCGCGGCCGCUGAAGCAACCGGCGAGAUCCAGAAAGGGACGAGGAACAGAUGGUUCAUCUUCUUCACGAACCUCAUGAUUGAUCUUGGCUUUGUAGUGUCCGCGUUUGUGCCGCUCGUGUUUCUCUGGAUCUUGGGUGACGAUCUGCAUUCGCUGCGUGCAAAUUGGCGUAUCAGCUUGGGCUUCGGAAUCAUCCCGCCUUUCCUACUCUUCUUCUUGAGAGCGAGGCUACAUGAGCCUGAGCAGACGAAGAAGAAUACGAUGAAGCGGGUGAAGACGCCGUAUAGUCUGGUUAUCAAGUAUUACUGGAAGCGCCUCCUGGUGGUAUCAGCAAUCUGGUUCAUCUACGACUUCUCCGUCUAUUCAGCCGGCAUCUACUCCUCUUCUAUCCUCACAUUCGUCAUCCCCGACCAGUCCCUCUAUAAAUCCUUUGGCUGGAAUGUCGUCCUCAACCUCUUCUACAUCCCCGGCGCCUUCUCUGGCGCAUUCAUGUCAGACUACUUCGGCCCCAAAUGGACUCUCGUCAUUGGCUUGGUGCUCCAAGCCAUACUCGGAUACAUCAUGGCCGGAUGCUACGCGUCCCUUGCGACCUCGCAGUAUGUGGCGGCCUUCACGGUCGUGUAUGGCCUCUUCUUGACAUUCGGCGAGAUGGGGCCUGGUGAUAAUAUUGGUCUUGUGGCGUCGAAGACAUGUGCGACGGCUGUGAGAGGACAGUAUUAUGGCAUUGCGGCGGCGAUUGGAAAGAUUGGCGCAUUCGUGGGAACAUAUGUCUUCCCAACCAUCAUCAAGUCUGCCGGCGGCGAAGACUCAAUCCGCGGGAACCAGGCACCUUUCUGGGUGUCGAGUAGUCUGUGCGUGUUUUCGGCGUUGCUAGCACUAUUCUUUGUGCCGUCGAUUGGACAGGACACGAUUGUAAGGGAAGAUAGGUUAUUUAAGGAGUAUCUGGAGGAGCAGGGGUGGGAUGUGAGUCAGCUUGGCUCUGGGGAUGAGGGAAGUGGGGGAAGUGGGGUGGUGGUGGUGGAUGAGCGGGAUGGGGAGAAGGACGGGGCAAAGAUAUGA